AUGCAGAAUCAAGGGCCGAUUCAAAACCAACCAUACAGACCUCCGGUUCAGAAUUUUCGAGCACCCACACCUCCACCGCCACAACAAGACGGUGAUUCGGAGAUUAAGGCGAUGUUAGCACAGCUGCUACAAGGACAAAAGACGCAAGAGACAGUGCUACAUAGCCUGAAGAUGGACCAAGAGGAGGUAAAGAUUUUACAGGCGGGUCACUUCACCGAUGAUGGAAAAGGGGCAAAGCUCCAAAGGCAAAGAGUCGUGAACGAAGAAGCUGAGGAAGUCUAUGUUCCUCCACCACCAAGACCUCCACCCAUUCCUUUUCCAUCCCACCUGAAGAAGCACAAUGAGGACCGACAAUUCGCGAGAUUUGCCGAGAUGCUGAAAAAGCUUGAGAUCACCAUGCCUUUCACAGAAGCCAUCCUGCAGAUGCCGUCUUACACAAAGUUUCUCAAGGACAUACUCACGAACAAGCGAGUCGUGGAAAAAGAGACGGUAUCGCUCAACACCGAAUGCAAUGCGGCAUUAUGUGAUCUCGGAGCCAGUGUUAGCCUUCUCCCACUAUCGAUAUUCAAGAAGCUGAAUGUGGGAGAGUUGAAGCCGACAAGCAUGGCGCUCCAGCUUGCUGACCGAUCGGUGAAAUAUCCCGCUGGGAUAUUAGAAGAUGUACCACUUAAGGUGGGAAACUUCUACGUACCGGUCGACUUCAUGGUAUUGGACAUGGACGAGGACUCAAGAGUACCGAUCAUACUUGGUCGUCCAUUCCUUAACACCGCAGACGCAGUCAUCCAUGUGAGAGCUGGCAGACUGACAAUGAAGAUUGGCGAAGAGAUAGUGGAGUUCACGCUUGAUCAGAACCUCAAAAAAACCCUCUGUGAUGGAGUCUUCGUACUUCAUUGA